GGUGCUCCUUUUUGGAUGGGGGCCCAGGUCCGACCUAGGGAGCCAGGGCCGAGACCCGGAACUGUUUACUCAGCGCGACGGGGUCCGACCACUGUCCAAUCGAAAGCCUCUCGGGAGGCGGGAGCCCUGCAUUAUUGUCCAAUCAGAAAGCCGGGGGUCGGCAACUGGGGGUCCGCCAAUCAUAGCGUCCGGCGUGAGACCCGCGGUCCAAUCAGAGUCAGGGGACGGAGAGCGCGGCCCCGGCGUCCCCGGGAGGGUUCCCCGGGAGGGUUCCCCGCUCAGCUGCAGCGUCGCGUGGCCGCGGAGGAGCGCAGGAUGGGAUCUGUGACCUUUGAGGACGUGGCUGUGAACUUCACCCUGGAGGAGUGGGCACUGCUGAGUUCGGCUCAGAGGGACCUGCACAGAGAGGUGAUGCUGGAGACCUGGCAGAACCUGGCCUCAGUAGAAAACUCUGGAGACCAUCCCAUGGAAGAUGAGCCUGAGACCCAAGGGGCACACCUGAGAGGUCGUGUGGAGGACAGCCUCAGUGGAGGCGGCGAGGCUCCCCUCAGCCCCGGCCCUCGUCCCGGCCAGUGCGCGCGAGGUGCUCCUGACCCGAGGCCGUGCGGGCGCCCCGGCUGUGCCGCAGCCUUCGUGCGCCUCUCCUGCCCCGGGAGGCCCGCCGGGUGGCCCAGUGGACAGUGGCCCUGUGGGCGUCGGGGGUGCGGACCGGCCUGCACCUGCCCCUGGCUCCUGGGCAGCCUCGGAGAGAAAGCCAGCGGGGAGGAACCGCGCGCGGGGGCCUUUCCUCCUCUGUCCUCCCUCACGGGACAGCUCGCGGCGCGCACUGAAGGCGGAAGCGACGCGGGCCAGGCGUGGGCGACAGCGCCCCCCGGGGUGUGCAGUCCCUCGGGCCUCGCGACGGGGGACCACGCGGCCGAGGGGCCGGGUAGGAGUGAGGUCCGUGGGAAGGACUCUGUCCGCGCCUCCCGGAGACCCGCGGGGACCGUCCCUGGGGGGAAGCCCUACGCGUGCGAGCAGUGCGGCCGGGGCUUCCAGCACUCCAGGUCCCUCACGCGACACAGGAAGACGCACCACGGAGCCCAGGACACCCGCGAGGGCCAGCGCGCCGAAGGCCAGCGCGGCGCGGGCCCGGCGGGGGCUCGGAGGGAGUUCGCGUGCAGCGAGUGCGGGAAGGUCCUGGCCUACCCGUCGGCCUUCCAGAACCACCUGCGGACGCACUCCGGGGCCAAGCCGUACGCCUGCGGGCAGUGCCGGAGGCCCUUCAAGUACCCGCAGUCGCUGCAGCGCCACCAGAUGACCCACGCCCGCAAGGAGCCCUACGAGUGCGCGCGCUGCGGGAAGACCUUCAGCCUGCCCGAGACCCUGCGCGCGCACGGGGCCAUGCACGCCGCCGAGGGCCAGCCCUCGGCCCCCCCGGGCCCGUGAGGGGACCCGAGGGCCCACGUUGCGGGGGCCCUUCCCAGGGUCGGUGUGGAAAAGCCUCCGGUGGCCUCCCCGCGUCGGACGAAUGUGGGAGACGAGGGAAGGCACCCCUGAUCCCAGGUCGUGUCAAGGUCACCGGGACCUCACGCUGGAGAGAAGCCCGAUGAACGUGAGCAGCGUGGGAGCCUCGGCCGGCCCCAUCCCUGAUCGUCAUGGGGGGAGCCCACCCGGGAGAGCAGAGCGUGGGAAGUGGCUUCAGGUGGCUCCUUGGAAACCACGCCAAGAAGGCGCCCUGGGCAGGCGCCUAGGAAUGCAUGUGACACUCAGGAGCUCUAGCCAUCAGUCACCCGCAGAACACCCAAGAGCAUCACCAGAAAUCAGUAAUUGUGACAAAUAUGGGGUCACUCCAUGCAAAUUCAUGUUCAAUGCUGUAAAAACCUCAGUACACGGGAGAAAAAGACCACAUGCUGUCAAUACCCCAUACUGCCAAUACCACGUGCUGUCAGUACCCCAUACUGUCAAUACACCAUACUGUCUCAAUACCACAUACUGUCUAUACCCCAUACUGUCUAUACCCCAUACUGCCAAUACCACGUACUGUCUAUACCACGUACUGUCUAUACCCCAUACUGUCUAUACCCCAUACUGCCAAUACCACGUACUGUCAAUACUCCAUACUGUCUAUACCCCAUACUGCCAAUACCACGUACUGUAUCAAUACCACAUACUGUCAAUAGCCCAUACUGUCAAUACCCACAUACUGUCAACCUCUCAUGCUUAAAAUGGACCCAUGGGCAAUGAGCAUCCCACUCUUGCACGGACCUAAGGAAGCGCUCCUCUCAGCUAUACUGCAGAGGGGAGUGGUUGAUGCUCUUCUUCACUUAACUCUUUUCUCAUUUUGAAGUUGCUGCACCCAUGGUGAUUUCAAAUGCAUUUUUAAUGUAACAAUAGGUUUGAUUUUUAUAUACUAAGUUUUUCUGUUACUUAAAUAUUAUUAGAGUAGCACUUACACUCUUGUUGAUUGUAUUUAUCAGUUCACACCACACAAACGCAGGGGUACUUCACCACUGAGCCCGACCCCCAGCCUCCCACACCCUUUAUGGACAGGGUCUUGCUAAGUUGCGGAAGGCCUCACUGUGCUGGGGCUGACCUCAAACAUGCGAUCCUCCUGCCUCAGCCUCCUGAGUUGCUGGGAUAACAGGUGAGUGCCAGCCACCACACCUGGUUCUAAACCAAGACAUUCUUUCUCUGGUUUUUAUUUUCUUUUUCUUUUUAGUGGAGAACAGACUAGUACAUCAUGUGUCUCUGCA